AGCUUUGCUCGUGGGGGUUUCUCCCACAGGCUGAGAAGGAUUGUUUCAGGAGCCCCACAUGUGUCUUGGAGGGGCAGCCAAUGAGAGGGACACAGGCAAGCCCCCGCCCCACCCCAAUAAAAGAGCUCAGCAACUGGGCUGGUUGUUACUAGUCUAUCUGGAUGCUGUUGUGUAAAAACAGGGAUAACUGAUUGCGUUAAGAAGAAACAUGGCCAAUCCACCAAGGACCCCUGCCAAGACCCCACGCCGCCGUGUUUCCUUGACCUCAAAGGAUGAGACACCGUCCCAGUUUUCUCGUGGCUGCCCCCUUCCCGAUGUCUGCUCCACAAGAGUCUCCCAGAUUCGCAAACAGGUCUCUGCCUCAUCACUUCCUACCGAAGGGCAGUCCCGUGUCACUUCACUUACUUCACCCCGAUGCUGCCAUGCCAAAUCUGAGCCAAACCCUUUAGUGAUUGCCUUGGUGCAGGCCGUUGCUCAAGCAGGCCUCCCGCUUUCAGAAGCUGAGCUCUUUGAAGGCCUUCUCCGCCUCUUGGGGGCUAGGCGACCCAUACUCUCAGUUGCUCAGCUCCAUCGUACCGUUCUCCCAGCCUUGGGGCGGCAACAUGAAUCAGCCCUGCGGCACGCUCUUCAGCACCGUGAGGCCUUUGUCUUCCUCCAUGAGGCAACCACUGGUGAUGGACGUGCUGCCCUAGCUAUCUCCCUUUUGCCUCUUGACAGGGCUGGAAAGCUCCCACUCCUGCUUGGGGUGGAGUUGCUGGAACAGAUGAGCCAUUCUUUUGUGGCCCGGGCAGUUGCUCGUGUGCUUAGUGAGGGGCAUGUCUUAUUCCAUCGAGUGCUGGCCGUGGUGACCUCUGGAAGUCCUCCCAUGAUGCAGGCUUUUGCUACUAAUGGGAUUUUGGGUGCUGUCUUAUCAGCUGCCCUCCAUGUCCCCUGCUUGUUACAUCAGCUGGAGCUGAUGAUGGAGCUGUGGCCAGACAGGCUGGAAAGACUGGGCAUGCUGCUGCACCUUCUGGAGGACACGUUUGGGCGGCGUCCUGCCCUCCGUCACCGCUAUGAACUGUUCCUACAAGAGCGGCAGUUGAGCCUCUCCUUGCCCAUACUCAGCACGGAGAUGGGCCCAGAGGCCUGGUUGAAAAAAGCCACCAGCAUUGCAGAACAUCUCCCUCUUCUGCCAGAGUUUGUGGCCACUGAUGAAGAAGAAGGUCCCCUGAUGAUGAAGCUGAAGGCCUUCCUAGGAGAGAGUAAUGAGGAGUUAGUGGCAGAAGCAACUUUUGUAGCAGAACAUGCAUCCAGUUUGUUGAAUAUGGCCCAUUUUCUCCGCCAGAUGGGUGAGCCGUUGGCCCAUCGAGUCUACGGAGAACUGGACUCCUUACGCGUUUCUUUCUCUUACCACUUAGACACAAGAUUGGGGCCUAACACAGAAAGACAAUUAGCUCUUUGCCAACCCCCACUGAUGGAUCGGUUUCGUGGGAUCCUGGCUCGUAGUCUGGCCAGGCUAGAGCACUUGUUUGACUCGCAUCCUGCUAUGUCUGCCCUGAGAGCAGUCCGAGUGCUAGAUCCCAAGCAGCUAGGGGCUGUGGGCCGGAGUGGAUUGGAGCACGAACAGGGGAUCCCUGGGCUGGCAGAGGUGCCAGAGAUUGAAUGGUUCCGGUACCAACACUUGGCAGAAGCAGCUCCGGCCAAUGUCUCUCUGCCCCAGUGGUGGGAAGUACAUGCAGAGCAGCUUCCCACACUGUCUCCACUGGCUCGGCGAUACCUCUGGCUGCCUGUCUGUUCUCCCAAGUCCCCCUUUGGCCCAGGAGAAGUGCUCAAGCUAAGAGGUGCUGAGGAGAGUUUGACCGGAGAGGCUGCCCGCCUCCUCUGUAUGCUCAAGUAUAAUCGUAACCGCCUGCUCUCUCGUGCCUGAUAGAGUGAGCUUAAACCCCUGUUGCAUGGCGUGGAAAUCCUGGAUGUUGUGAACCCUGUUCCAUCCAGCCUCUCACAUUUGCCUUUUUAUGGCUUGUUAACAAGAUGAGUUAUCACAGUCUAUUAUGGUAGUGGUCUAAUAAAAUCCUAUGGUCUGCACAA